AGCCGCGCUUGGCCAAGCCGGCCGACCCGGGCCCGACCACGGGCCUCUACAUGGAGAGGUCGCAGAGCCGCAUCAGCCUGUCAGCGUCCUUUGAGGCCCUCGCUAUCUACUUCCCCUGCAUGAACUCCUUUGAUGAGGAUGAUGGAGUGGAUACAGAUGGCAGGAAGUUGAAGGGAGCUAUCCAGAGGAGCACAGAGACGGGGCUGGCUGUGGAGAUGCCCAGUCGAACUGUUCGCCAGGCUAGCCACGAGUCCAUAGAAGACAGCAUGAACAGCUAUGGCUCUGAAGGGAAUCUUAACUACAGUGGCAUGUGUCUGGCAUCCGAUGCUCAGUUCAGUGACUUCCUGGAUGGGAUGGGACCGGCCCAGUUUGUUGGGCGACAGACACUGGCGACAACAUCCAUGGGUGAUGUAGAGAUUGGACUGAUGGAGCGGAAUGGGGGACUGGAGGUGGAGGUCGUCCAGGCCAGAGGCCUCACCAUGAAACCAGGUUCAAAGGGACCUCCAGCGGCCUACAUUAAAGUUUAUCUUCUGGAGAAUGGAAUCUGUGUGGCCAAGAAGAAGACGAAGUCAGUGAGAAAAUCUCUGGAUCCUCUCUACAACCAGGUCCUGGUCUUCUCUGAGAGUCCACAGGGGAAAGUGGUCCAGGUUAUUGUUUGGGGCAACUAUGGACGGAUGGACCGCAAAUGCUUCAUGGGUGUAGCUCGAAUCCUACUGGAGGAGCUGGACCUCAGCACAAUGGUUAUCGGCUGGUACAAGCUUUUCCCUACCUCCUCCAUGGUGGAUCCAACAAUGGCACCACUCAUCCGCCAUUCAUCCCAGAUGUCAUUGGAGAGCACCAUUGGGCCCUGUUGUGAGCGAUCAUAAGACUCACGCAGAAAUGUAUAGUUUUGAUGUUGCGGCUAAGUUUCCAUUGCUUCAACCAAGUACAGAGAUUUUAUAAACCCUGCAUUGCUGCACCUGGGUCAGCCAGGCAGUGCUGUCCCUGGAGCAGGUAGAUGUUAAGUAUCUCACUCAAGGCCACUUUGACAGGCCCAGCUACACUGGGGAAUGAAUCACUUCCCUAAUUUGGAAAUUAAUUUACAAACCAGUUGGUCAUGCUGGUUCUCAUUGGAAAUGUGUUAUAAUUCUUUGAUAUUGUAUCAGACUAUUUCCCGAGACUCAUGGGAAGCACAUUUCUUUUGUUGUUGCAACCGACCGCCCCUCAGACUCGAAGGAAAUUUUUUUUCUCUUCAGAUCUCUUUAAAGAAAAAACAAAAACCUUCUUAAUGAGGAUACUUCAAAGAAGGGUUUGGUUGCCGACAUUGAUUACAUCCUAUUGGGACCACGAUAGACUCCAGGCUCAGCUUCGCUUCAGCUACAGCCCUUCUUUACAGCCUACAUUCAAUUCCCCAUCCCAGGACUGCUUGUUGUCUUUCUGUGUCUUCAUUAAGGGGCUGGGCAGCUUCUGAGUGUUAUUGUCUACCCACGAGUCCUAGGAGAAAGUGAGACUGUCCUCAAAUUGUUUGACAAACCACCAUCUCAUUUUGAGGGAGCAUUGAUGGCGAAUGAAUGUGUGCAUAGCAACUUGAGAGGCUUUCAAAGAAUAUAUAAAGUUAAGUGUUGUAACUGACCAAGACAUUACCUGGUUUUUAGCACUUGAGCUGUAUUACACUUCUUGUGUCACACGUUUGGCCCAUCAUUGUUCACUUUAUUUGGUAAUAUGUAGAGAAUCCGAGAGGUAGAAAUAUGAAUGAAAUCCCCAUCAUCUACUGGAAGGAUGAAGAUUUUGACCUGAUUUUGUGGGUCAGGGCUAGUCCUGGCUUUCUCUCCUGUUAACUACAUUUACCUGGAAUACAAGGUAUAAAGUGGUCAAAGAGUGAAUUUAUAUGGCUUAGAAGAACUACCACAUCAUGAGUGCCAAAAAACCGUGUCUCGUUAUAACCCCAAACCAUGUACUUUUUAAAUUGCAAUGAAUCUUGGUAUUAGCUGAUUUUGCAGAUUGUUUUCUCCCCAUUUUUGGAAGGUGCUUUUCAAUCACAUCAGUUGCUGUUGUGUUUGGAAUCAAGCACAUGAAAACAUGUAUCCUUUGGCUUUAAAAAAAUUAACCAGGUGUUUUUUGAAUCAACAGCACACAGAUUAUGUUCAGUUAGAGAUUUCCAGAGUAUGGCACCAGAUGUAAUCAAAGUCCAACAACCUGAAUCACUUCAGGCGGUGUGAUAUGUGAAAACAUUUGACUCCUUCCUCUUGAAUAUCUUUAUGAAAAUGCUAGUUUGAUAGUUUCACAACCACACUAAAUUGGAUUUUAUGCAUGCAUUAUACCGUAUUAGAUUAGAAUUAGAAUUCAAACCAAAUAACCAUAAAUGCAUGACCUUAGCAUGCUUAAAUUAUGUUAACCUUCAUGAGGACACCAUCUACAUACGCCUAGCAAGAAACAACCAGGGUUUAAUGGGCUCAGAAUGUUGAAGGUGUUUUACUCUUAUUUAGUUUAAUAUAGUUUUCACAUUCCACAUUCACAUGGAAUGCAGGAGGUAGUUUUGUAUCUGAGCUGUAGCACUGACAAAAAACAAGCUAAUACAAUAGCAAUCUGACAUCACUGACUUAACACAUUGCUGCACAUCCCAGUUUAAGUGUAGUUUCUUUUUAGCUAAUACUGUAGAAAUAGAUUCCUCCCUGCUAUUUUUAAAGCGUUGGCUAACAGUUGUCUAAUAACAGUUUAUACUGUGCCAAUUUUUACCAGAAAGUGUCUUCUUCUUCCUUUUCUUCAAUUACCUUGCGGCAUGUGCCAUUAUGAGGGAGGAACAAAAACAACCACUUAUAACAUCUGACAGCAACAUUCAGGCUGUGCAGAGAAUCACCCCCUUUAUUCUAAAUUACAGUCCUAAUCCACAGAACGUCAAGGCACCUGGUGAUUAGCCAUGCUACCACUCAGUACAGAGGAAAAAAGGAAAGAGAGGAAGGAAGCAUGAAAUGUACUUUGCAUCAUCCAAACAAAGGAUCUGUGUGGACUGACGUCAGGUUUUGUGGACUUCAGAAAAGGACACAAAAAUAGGUGGAAUUAAAGAGAACACAAUGUGCACACUGUAGAGAAAUUCAUAGUUUAUUGAAACGCAAAAGCAUAUGUAUUUCAUUUGGGCACUUUAUGAUUCUUAAUGUCUUUUUAUGUGUAAAUAUUGUUAGUGUCUUCUGGAGUGAGCCAAAGUUAACUUAUAAUGGCUUAGGUUGUUAAUGUCAAAGCUCUGAAGGAGGGAAGUGAUAUCCUUGUUAGUUACUGUAAGAUUGUAGCAUUAGCUGGUAGCAUUCGCAUGACUAAUUUAAACUUCUAAUUAACAAACAACUUGAUAAGACUAAGCAUGAAUUAUAUGCUACACAGCAGGAAGAGUAGUGGAAUACAGUACAUCGGGUUAAGACCCAAUGAUAGUGCGGGUCAAAAUAUGUAGCAAACGUAUUUAGAUAAUUAUGAAGGUGACUAAUUGUUUUUUUUCUAAAUUAAUGAAACAUGCUAAUAAGAAGAUUUUAAGCCAGUUUAUUUAAUUAAUUAAUUUAUUGUUCUUUUUUUUUUUACUUUAAAUGAAAAUUUCAGAACCAAAUUUUUAUUACAUCUGCUAUUUAUUUAAUCAAGUCACCCAAUUUGGAGCAAUUUUACUCUAAAAAGGGGCCUCUAAAAAUUUUUUGCCAGUAGCAGUGUUGCAGGGAUAUUAAUGCUGUAUUUAGUUCCAAACAGUUUAACAAAAAUUCUGUAAAGCAAUAAUCAGAAAGCAUCCACUCACUGUAUUUGUCUGUUACUUGACAGAAAAAUGACAUAGUAAGUAAGUAGUGAUUUUCGCUGUGGUAAGAUUUAUCAUUGAAAACAAAACAAUUGAAAUCAUCAUGAGGCAUAAAGGGACUUUUUUUUUAAAAUGCGCAAUUCCAAACUUUUACUUUGAAAAAAAUGUCUUAAUGUGUUCAUUUGUCGCAUGUGCAGACAAAUGACACUGAAUGCAGAAACUGAAAAUCACUUCCAGAAAAAUGUCAUUUUAUGUUUUUUUCAAUGUUUUUUCAACAAAACUGUCAUGUAGUAUCUUAUAUCUGUAAAAAGGGUUAGAACUUUUGUAUGUACCAUACAUACAAAUAUACAAAUAUAUAAAAUUAAUAUAUAAUUAGAUAUUAAAUAAUGAA